AUGAAAACCCCCCUGGUGGUGUGCUUUCUUUUUCUGAUAGUGGGUGCGAAAAGGGCGGUGGGCCUACGAACACACAACGUCGUCGACCAGGUUUUCGGCGGCGGGGGAAAAGUCAUUAAUGGAGAAGCCUCAUCCACCGAUAGGAGCGAUAGCAAUAGAAGUGAUAAGGAAGGGAAGAAUGAUGGCACCGUGGUCAUCGCACCCAAUGCGGGAGGUGACGAUGGAAAAAGUGCCCAGGAUAAAAGCAAUGCUAAUGAACUAGUCCCCGCAGGUGAAGCCAACCCGAGCAACAGCGCAAACCUAUGCUCCUGUGAUUUCACAGAAAGAUUAAACUUUAUUCCACAGGAAAAAACCAAAGUGGUGUGCAACCUGAACCCACACCACGGAGAAGAAGUGAAAAUAUGGGUCAACAAAGAAUACGAAGUGAAAUGCUUCCAAAAUUCUCGAGUUUACUGUCCAUUGAAAGACUACAUAAUGAACAACACAAACAUUACUACCUAUUCGCCAAAAUUGAAAUAUACAAUAAAUGAUGUAGAGCAUAGAGAUAGGGAGGUAAAGGAGUAUCACCUGCAGAUUGACAAAGACGCAAGUGAUAUUUUAUUUUUCUGUUCAAUCAAACCUAAACAAGUGUCCGAAUUGUUAGAAGGUGAAGUGAAAAUAAAUUUAAAGAGAGAAAUUAGUGAGGAAUAUUCAGUCGCAGCUGAAGAUGGGAUACACGUCUGUGAUUUUUCUAAAGGAAAUUUAGAUAUUUCUCCAACAGCAGGAUUUUAUUAUAAAAAUGACAGAUCGGUUAGCUGUAUUUAUCUUGUCAUCCCGAAUAAGUUAUUUUUAAUAAAAUUACCCAAAUUAGAAAUAGUAACAAAUCAGCUUCUCCCCAGUUUGGUAAACUGCUUAUCUGAAUACUCUUUUAUUAACUUUAAUUUAAAGCAUGUGGAAGAAGGUGAUGACUCGAUUUCUCUGCACCUAUCCUUUGGUGAUUUUAAGAGGACCUUUAAUUUGUCCUGCCCAUUUGACUUGUCAGAAUAUGCUGUGGAGCCCUGUUUGCUUGGGAAGAAGGGAGUCGUGACGUUUUACUUCAACGCGUAG